GACGCCUACAGUUUUUGUUUUACUGCUUACAAAGCGUUAAUUAAACAUCAACCAUGCCGCGCACUGCUUUCACUCGUGUGGCGAUGGCCAACAUGGCCUCGGCUCUGGAGGCUAAUAGCAGGGCCGCCGAGUCUAUUGCCGAGCAAGUAUGGAACUCUGCUAGGCCACGUCUGCUGUCCACUGUCGCUCGCGCCGAGGGCAGCGGCAGCCUGCUCCGCAACGUCGCGCGCAGUAGCAGCAACUCGUCCCUGCUAAAGCCCUGCAGCUGCGGCAAGCUGUUUUGCGCCGGCCACGCUAACUCCAUGUCCACAGUCUCCUCCGCUGCGCUCGCUCAGCCCGCUUGGGCCACCGACGAGCGCGCUCCCGGCCUGGCUGAGCGCCUCGCGGAGGUGACCAAGCACUUCCCCACUGCGCUGUCGGUUGACGACUUCAUGGCCCGUGUGGAGGUGGCCCUGGCUGGCUACGGAUUUACCGGAGAUAACAGUAUUGCCAUGAGCAACCUCUGCCGCGACGAGUCCUGCCUGAUCCUAGAGGACAAGAUCGAGGCGGCGUUCGGCUCGUGCUUCAGCACCCACGGCCUGGGCGGAGUGCUCACGUGCGGCGUCAUCGGCAUGAAGGCCGGGCUCUCGCACUCGCCCGUCGUAGGGGGCAAGGAGCGCUACGUGUUCUUCUCCUUCCCGCACAUCGCCAUCGACAGUGAGGGCAAGGUGGGCGCCGUCAGCCGCCCCAACCGCCCGGGAGCCAGCGCCGCUUGUGGAGCGCUCAUUGCGUGCAUGGGCGACCUGAAGCGCGACGGGCUGGAGGCCAGCUGCAAGGCCCCCGGGCAGCACGACCCGCUGGAGCCCGAGUACUCCAUCCUCAAGCAGCGCAUCGCCCGGCGCAUGGCGUUCGAGAAGACCGACCCACGGGACUGCAGCCUGGUGGAUAUCACCAAGGCGGCGGAGCGAGUCAUCUCAACCGACCUGGAGUACCUCAUCUCCAAGGCCGUGGACCCCGCAAAGGCCGACUACGCUGUGUUCACGGGCGUGCAGAUCCACAACUGGGCCGCUGACCUGAACAACAGCGACGUGCCCUCCCUGGAGUUCGUGGGCGUGGGCCGCAGCUAUGUGGUGGUCAACGGAGAAAAGGUGCACCUGGACCUCGCCAAAGUACCGGCGCUGUCGCCCCGCCAGCUGCAAAUCCUGGCCUCCGCCUCCGCAGCGGACGGCCAGGCUGCCACUGCCGCCGCCGCCGGCAAGCUGGUUCAGGAGAUCCCUCGUGACUACCUUAUGAAGCGCCUGGGCGGCGCGCAGAGCCGCAGCCAUGUGGACGUGGGGACCCCCGCUUGGGGCUCCUUCGUCAAGACCGACUUCAAAGACCCGCACACCGGGGCGCCGCAGAUGGAUGACGCCAACACCUCAUUCUUCUGGAAGAAAUGAGAUGCUGCAUUGUUUGUGCGUGGUGCCGGCAGCCAACGGGUUUGAGCUGCUCCCACCGUCCCACGUCCCCCGGCGUUGCUGGUUAAAAAGCUUAUGCGCUGCACUCUUACCGCUGCUGUCAUUGAGAAUCUAAAUACGUACGAACAUUUGUUACGCAGUGCUGUACACCGAUUGCUCUACGUGCCCGGCAUGUCAAAUCAAUUGUUGUCGUAAAUGAAUGUGCCAUGCAUGGCUACCUGGCAAUUUUGGGCGGUAAUUAUGCCAUUUUGUGCCUCUUGCCUAGCAUAUUGACGUGUACGAUAAUGAGGUGUAGUAGUACGACACGCAACAUAUAGUAUGAUUAUGGUAGCCACGAUGCUGUAGACUUAUGGCGGUAAUGCUGUGGUAAUGGCAAUGCCAGGCAAACACUACUGUAUCCUGGAUAACCUAUGUCUUUAGUACGAUAACCAUCGCAAAUGCAGAAUCACCACCUGGCAAAACACAUGCCAAACCAAGUGUGUGGCGCAUUGCCUUAUGGAGGAAAGUAACAAUACCUUCCAAUACCCGUGCAUGUAAUAUGAACAAAGACGCA